CUUCCCCGCCCCGUGAUUGGCUGCCCGGCUCCCUCGGCCCCGCCCCCCUGCGUUGAAAUGACACCGUGGGAAAGGCGAGCGCGUCAAAGCCGAGCAAACUUUUUGGCGGCGCGCAUCAGCGAAGUGACGGAGGAAGGAUUAUUGUCAGACAUGAAGAGGAAUCACGACUUCAGCUCGUCGGACAGCGAGCUGGACGACGCCAUCGAGGUGGAGAGGGAGAGCGCAGAUGAGAAUGGGAAUAUUCGCUCCCCUCUGGGCUCCAUGUCGCCUACCACUUCCACUCAGGUGCAGGCGAGGAAGAGACGACGAGGAAUCAUUGAGAAACGUCGUCGUGACAGAAUCAACAACAGCCUCAGUGAGCUGCGCAGACUUGUGCCCAGCGCCUUUGAGAAGCAGGGUUCUGCCAAGUUGGAAAAAGCGGAGAUUUUGCAGAUGACUGUGGACCACCUGAAGAUGCUUCAUGCUGCUGGAGGCAAAGGGUUCUUUGACGCCCACGCCCUGGCCAUGGAUUACCGCGGUUUGGGUUUCAGGGAGUGCCUGGCGGAGGCGGCCCGCUAUCUCAGCAUCAUGGAGGGUCUGGACAACACCGACCCCCUGAGGAUCCGCCUGGUGUCGCACCUCAACAGCUACGCCAGCCAGCGCGAGGCGGGCCUCAACCACCUAUCCUGGGGUUCUGCCUUCGGGUCGCCGCCCGCCCACCUGACCCACCCGCUCCUCCUGCGCCAGCAGGCCGCCCCCCUCGCCCCGCCUCGGAGCGUCAGCAGCAGCCCCCUGUCGUCGUCCUCUUCCUCCUCGUCCCCUGCAGAGACACACCCCGCGGGUCGGCGCAGCACAAGCGGAACCCCUCACUCGGACCAAGCACCUGUGCGCGCCCCGUCCACGGCCCCCGCCCCCGUUCUCCACCCGACCAAGCUCUCUCCUCCCCUCCUUUCAUCCAUUUCCGCGUUCCCUUUCCCAUUCGGUGCCUUCCCGCUCAUCUCCCCCGUCGCUGCCCUAAGCCCCCCGGCCCCGACGACACCCACUGUGGGCAAACCAUACAGACCCUGGGGGAUGGAGAUCGGAGCUUUUUGACUGGCACUCGCGCAAUCCAUGUAGAGACUCGCAAAGCCCAGCUAAAAAAAAAAAAAAAUGCUAUUUUUUUUCGUAUUUUCUUGUGUUUUUAUGAGGAGAGGGCGCUGCCCUUUAAGAAGAGUGAUUUAUCCUGUCCAUUGAUGCCCACCUGCCCCCACUUGUCUUCUUUAAAGGACUUGUGAGACGAUCAGGAAUGACUUUUCCAGAUGGUCAAGCGGUCGUGUGUCAAGUCCCUCCCCCCACCCACCCAAAACCACCAUCCCACCCUUUUGUUUUCCCUUUCAGCUGGUAAGCCCCCCACCCCCACCCCAGACCUAGCCUUGCACUGAGAAGAGGUCCUCCUUUGACAGCAGUUUAUAGGGUGGAAUAAACACAAACCAGGUGUUGCGUUAGCGCCGACACAACGCACACAAACAACCAAAAACCACCUGUAAAGAUACUAUCUAGUUUGUACAUUCUAGCAUCAUCUCUUGCUACAGGUGCUUCACGACAUCUUCCCUCAAUAAACAAUCUCCGAUAAA